AUGUUCACGCUUAUCGAAGAUGACGCCGAUGGCUGGGUCGCUGCGCUCUUCGCAGAUCGUACCCAGGCCGAUUACCUACCCACUACAUUUGUUACUUUCACAGAGAUGAAGACGAUUCUCCGGAAAGAUGAAGAGCAAUUUGAUGAAUGGGACGAGGAUCUACGGCGCUCACUAGCGAAAGAUAGACUGCUUGGUCUGAUCAAUUCCACCUUACCACGACCCAAAAUUGAUAAAUCCAGCAAGGCCCGCAUUUGGCAAGAGCUUUCAUCAGCACUAGCAAUAUGGAUAUGGCACAAUAUCAGUGCCGAACUGAAGGCGAGAAUUAAGCUUACGGCAGGCCCCAUCAGGCGUGGUUACGCAGAUACCCUGUACGACGCUACCGUCGAGGAGAUGGAGAAUCCGGACAUCCUCACGGUACAGGAUAGGUUCAACAAGUGCUUUAACAUGACUGGCUCCGACUUUUCACUACUCUCUGAGUACGUUGUGUCAUUCAUGAGAGAAAUCAUGAUUUUGAAGCGGUGGAAAAUUGAACUGUCCCCGUACAUGGUUAUUCAUCGAAUCCUGCAUAAUCUCAGUGAAGAACGGCGGAGCAAAUGGCUGGAGACGAUGAAGAGAGAGCAGGAUACCGCUGCCAGCUUCACGGACGCCAAGCUGAUCGAAUACACCAGAAAAAUUAGAAUCGAACUGAUUUAUGAUGAAAAGAAUUCGUGA